CUCUGAUCCUCUCCCCAACCCCCAACCUCCCUCGCUCACCAUGCGGACCAUAGAUGCCCUUCCAUACGAGCUUCGAAGAGGAAUUGCCAUUCUGGUCCUAAACCAUUCCUGGCAUGACCUAGCUUCUCUCAGUCGAACAAGUGGCACCUGGUACACCAUCGCCGUUCCUGAGCUGUACCACGAUCUCAACCUCAAGUUUCACGACUGCUCCAGCUUCUUCAGUAUCAAUGGCGAAAUACCUGGUCAGCCCAGCUGUCUUUAUUCAAAGCUCGGCCAGCUCAAGACAGCUUCCUGCAGGCUGAUCUGACCACAAGCGACGCUCGUGCCUUUGAUUCGUGGCUCGACCACUAUCACGAGGAG